AUGAAGUCGUUUGUUACCAUCCUAUGCGCGGCAAGCAUUGUCGCUGCUUCGCCGCUAGAUUUGAAGAACGUCUUGGGAGGCAAGUAUCACGACAAGGGAGAUAGUCCCUUCACUUUCACCUCCACUUACAAGGUCCAUGCAAAGCCUAGUGAAGUUGUUGAUGCGCAGAACAAAGCUACGGGUGGUCUUUCCGGAUCGGAGGGAACAUUUCUCUUUGGCAUAAACUCGCACGAAAACGUCAUUUGCUACAACGUUACCCUUCGUGGAUUCCGGGGAGAGUAUCAAUCUCCUGCAAAAACGGCCACGCACAUUCACCAAGGUGCUCGUGGAACCUCUGGACCUCCUAGAAUUGCCUUCCCCAACCCGGAAGAGACUGGCCCUGAUACACGAAGCAGUAUCGGCUGUCUGCGCGGACCAUUUACCACGGGUAUUAAAGACGCUGCAGGCAAGGAUACCGGCGAGGGAUUCCAUGUAAAGCAGAUUGAAAUGGCUCCUGAAAUGUUCUUCAGUGAUGUCCACUCUAGCCUCGCUGUGCCCGGUGCAGUCCGCGGCCAGCUGGCUAACAAGCAGUGUUAAGCGCGACUCCGUAAUGGACGUUGACAAGGGGUAUCUUGGGA